CUGUCGCGAGAGAUUGACGCGUUAUUGCGCUUUAUUACAAACGAAUUUCUUAAUUGGUGUUCACUUACAAGUGUCUUUGCAACUAUUAACUUCUUAAAACUAACUUUUCGCUUUCGAAAAGUUCGCUUUUGAUAUCGAGGACAGUGCUUCGAAGUUUAGAAAAAUAAAAGUGUUAUUUGAUAAAAUUUGUGAUUUCUAGGAUUGUAGCGUGCUUUUAACGGAUCGAUCGCUGUGUUGUAGAAGCAAGAGUCAAUCUCAAAGAAUAAGAUAUUCAACAAUGACAUAGAAGUUCAAUCAAAAUGGCGUUGAGAUUAAAGAAAGAUAUAAAGAAGGCUUCCUACUACGUGUGGUUCCUCGGUGCGCAGGAGUCGCGAGGUCUUAGGGGGGAAGAGUUUGCCUUACCUGCGAUAAGACUCCUUGAAGAGCGAGCGAGGAAUUUAGAGCCUUUUAAAGUUACUUUACAGGUAUCCCACAAGGGCCUGAAGAUCAUACAGAAUGUGACAGCCAAAGGCAAGCAGCAAACGAUCAAGCAUUUCAUACCACAUGGCAGUAUCACCAGUGCCGUCGUUCAAGGGGACGUGGUGGCAUGCGUACUUCUAUUGUACAACCCCAUCACGGGUUGUCCAGUACAUGUGCAUGCUUACAGAUGUGACUCCGAUCAUACAGCGGAGAUGCUCUUCACUCAUCUUCUUGCGCUGAUCGAAAGACCAGAAAACCAGAAGAAAUUUGCUGACAUCGAGCGCAAACUGCAGAUGCGAGGAGCUCUGCCUUCAAAGAAACCUCCAGAUUCCUCUUUAGGGAGUGAAGUGUCCAGGGAGUCUGACUCAGGGAGUAAUGAAGAUAGAAAUGUGGCUAAUCUAUACGACAGUCUCGCUGCAGAACUUAAGCAGAAGUUGUCUACAGGUAAAAAGGGUCUAGGUAAAAGUCCGAUCCUAUUACCUCCACGGGACUACGACACCGUUCACCGUCAGAAGGGUAACUUGAGCAACAUCGACACUAGACGUUGCUUGAACCAGAAUAUCGUGGGCAUCAACGCUCGUCGCAAGCUGGAGUCUUCGGGAGGCAGUUCCGGAAUAGGGAGUGACCUAGCGCCUUCUCCAGAGCGGAAUGAUUAUCCCCGACAUGACAAUCAUAGCACAAGUGAAGAAGACUGGGCAGAAAGCACAGCAUACCUCAUGCAUGAAGCAUUCGAUGCGUCUCCGCCGCGCCGCGUUCCUUCUCCACGCCGGGCCUCACCGCCACGUCGGGUUUCAUCUCCACGCCGGGCCUCACCCCCACGCCGGGCCUCACCUCCACGCCGGGCCUCACCCUCACGUCGGGCCUCACCUCCUCGCCGAGCUUCACCUCAACGUCGUGCUUCACCUCCUCGUCGCACUCUCUCUCCACGCAAUCAUGACCGAGCACCCUACAAUGAUGAUUACAAUGACCAGUUUCGUGACCAACUAGCUCCAUUCCGCGACCAAGCCACUUUUGAACGCCGCUUCCGCCACGAAUCUUUGGAACUUGUCAACAAAGACAAGGCAGAGAAAUUUGAAGAAGAAAUACCAAGCUAUCGGCGAAGGUAUGUUGCCGAAACGAAACCUUCGAACAGAAGCAUCGAAAGAGUCGAGGACCGUAGAUUUGGCAAACUUCAAAGAGGAGCAAGCGAAGGUAGUCUGAAAGUCAGUGACACUUCCCCAAAAGAACGAUUUAACGUUGCCAAGGAAAAAUUCAUGAACUUGGAAAGGGAAAGAUUUAACAGGGAGCUUGAAGCACAUAUGGCGAUGAGGAGAAGUAUGUUAGAAAGGAACAGCCGCUCGACUUCUUCCCCAGAGGAAGAAAGAAGAGAUGAGCGACUUGACCGACACCGAGACAUGGGUUCUCGAAGAGAAAACGACCGUUCUCAUCGGGAUUUAGAACGGUCUCACAGAGAAUCUGAAAGACGCAAGGAGGACAGGGUACGUGAUUUGGGAGCUGUUGACUUAGGACAGAGGGAAAUUGAGAGACUUCCACGAGUUGGCCGGAAACGUGACGAAGUUAAGAGGUACGAAUAUGGAACCGAGGAAUAUUUAAACAGGAUCGAACCAAAACCGCACAGGGAGGAAUUCGAUCGCUAUAGAGAGAGAAGGGAGCUAGAUAGCCGUAUCGAAGAAGAUGAAAUUAUUGAGCCAGUAAUAGAAGAACGAAGGAGAGAUUGGACCGAUAGGCAAAGAGCAUUCAGUCGUUCCCGUUUAUUAGACGAACAACGCCAGUCUUAUGUUGAAGGUGACAGAGAAAGGUUUUUCGAAAGGGAUUACAGAGACUUCCGUGACCUGGCUGAUCGACAACCGCCAAACUAUCGACACAGUUACGCGGAACCAAUACCGAGGGGACGCCUCGGGACUGUAAGACCUUACUAGAAAUGCCAUAAUAGAUUUUUUUUUAAACUAAGUACUUGUUAUAAUCCAGUAUAAAGAAUGACGUUGAUUACAUUGUAAUCAAAAAAAUUCAUACUGUUAUUAAUAUUUGUUAUCAUUUUGUAACUAUGACAGACCAUCGAUACUGUGCUUAGUACGAAAUAUUAAACUUGUAAAUAAAAUCUUCGAAAAAUAUAUGCGAUCUAAUGUGUACCUAAUGAACUAAAUGUUAAUUUUUAUAUUCAAAAAGUAUAAUCACCGUUUAUAAUUUAACUAGUCUUUUUUAUUACUCUAAAACGAUAACUACAAUGAAUUAACAUUUUUUUACAUAAAGUAAGCACUUUAUAUGAAUAAUUAUAAAUUGUAGCUUAUGUUCAAUAGAAAAUAUUUGUUGAAAUUUGAAUAAUUUCUUAUGUGCCUCCAUUAAUCAGUGAGUUGGACAACUCCCCAAGGAUUUGUCCUUACACAAAUAAUAUAAAAAAAAAUACUCAUUAAAUGUCACAGGAAUAUAUAAUUGUAAAUAUAAAUUAUAAUAACAUUACUCAUAGCCAACUUAACAUAUAGUUAAUAUUAUAUAAUUAUACAUCAGAAACAAAUGUUACAAUAUAAAAUAGCAUUAUAUAUAAAUAUAAAAAAUGUUUAAUAUAAAUAAGGGUUUUUUCAAUGUUUGAAUAACAGACGUUUUAGUUACAACAAUAUCCCUUAUUGGAUAUAAUAUAUAUAAAUGUUUGUUUAAGCACAGCAUACAUAUAGGGCUUUACUUAUUAAUGUUGUUUAUACGGUGAUGAGUUAACAAUGCUGUCUUCUUCUUUCAAAUGUCAAAUCAAUGAUGACAGAAAGAGAAGAAUCUGUUUAUCUAGACACUCGCUAGACAAAGUUUAUAAGUAAGGCCAUAAGUCGGUAUUAUACUAAAUGUCCGCCAGUGACGACGGUAACGAUAAUUAAUUCCCGUCAAUUAGCUUUUUGACAAUGUAUCUGUGAAAUGUUAAUAAAUGUUUAUUGAUUAUAU